GGGCAAACUGGAUGAUGUCACUGGAUGUCACGUAGUGGAAAGUGGCGAUUGGAUUUUUGUGAUUUUAUCCAACUUUGUCAACGGCGUCAACAAUUAAGAUUAACGUCUAGAAAUGAUUUUCUAGGAAUACUGCAAGAGCUCUUUAUCGAAUUAUAUCUUUGAAGUUAAAAGAGAUCCUGCUGGAUUUUCAUAUAUUGGGCAAGUGAAAUUACUAAAAUGGAUAUAAGUGCCUUCUUCAAGGCUAGUGUGAAGACUGUUCGUUUAAGGAACAAGGAGCUGGGUGCUGGUAAUGAAAUCAAGAUUUUAUCUAAUAGAAAGCGGGAACGCUCUGCCUUUUUUUCAAAGGCUCAUGAUGUAGUUACUCAGAUUACAAAGCUACGGGAAUUCCUUUUGGAGAAUCGGAGAGCUUAUCUCAAUUUUAAUGAUCUUUUGUCUAACAAACCACGCAUGCUGGAUACUGAUCGUGAUCAGAUUGAUGCUGGUGCGCAAAAGAUCAUGACUAUCUGUUCGCAACUUAUCAAAGAACUUAAAAGAGAGAUAGCUGGUUCUGAAGUCUCACGGCAGAACAUGGAGCAUCGUGAAAUUGUUCUUCUGUUAAUCGAAGAGUAUUUGAAGAGUGUAUGUAAAAUUUAUUCUGAGCAGAAGGCUAUUCGUGUUAAGCGAGCUGUAGAAACAAGAAAAAUGGCUAAACUCGAGCCAGAUCCAAAACAUACCCUAGAAGUGCCACAGACACCUUUAAGUAAAUCCUUGUUAGCUGGUAUUAAUGAUUCUUCAAACGAAGAUAGUAAGGAUAAUAUCGGUGGAUCUGAUGAAUCGAGUCCUAUGAAAAUCCAGGAAAUAAAUGGUGAUGUCAAUACCUUGAUGUACGAAGAGGAAUUGUCACCAGAGGAUAUACAGAUGUUUGAAUCAGAGAAUGAGCAACUAUACAACGAAUUGAAUACAUUGACAGAGGAGGUGAAACAGAUUCAGAGUAAAGUUGUACACAUAGCCGAGCUUCAAGAGAUCUUCACUGAAAAGGUUUUGGAUCAAGACAAAGAUCUGGAUAGACUCAUGACAACAGUUGUUGGAUCUACUGAAAAUGUACGCGAAGCUAAUGAACAGAUUCGACAAGCUAUUCAAAGGAAUGCUGGACUUCGUGUUUGGAUUCUUUUUUUCCUUCUGGUUAUGUCAUUCUCUUUAUUAUUUCUUGAUUGGUAUAAUGCCUGAAGUGUUGAAUAGUGAAAAUGAACUUUGCCAAUUAA